GCUCUCGAGAAUCUUUACGAGAUGUUUCGGAAUACAUUUCAGAGCGGAUUUUUGUCCAUCCUGUACAGUUGCGGGUCAUCUCCUCUGGAAUUAUGGGAUAUGCACGUAAAAAAUGGAUAUAUACGAAGGAUUAUGGACGAAGAAAUAAAGUCGUUGGCGUUGGAGAUAGCCGGGACCAACGUGGCGACCACCUAUAUUUUCUGCCCAGCAGACCCGAAGAAAGUGCUUGCUAUUAGACUGCCCUUCCUCAUCCUCAUUGUCAAGAAUAUGAAGAAGUACUUCACGUUCGAGAUAACAAUAUUGGACGACAAAAAUAUGCACAGAAGGUUUCGCGUGAGCAAUUUUCAGAGCGCCACGCGCGUUCGCCCGUUUUGCACGUCAAUGCCUAUUGGGCUUUUGGGCGGUUGGAAUCAGAUUCAGUUUAAUCUGUGUGACUUCACGCGAAGAGCCUAUGGCACGAAUUACAUCGAGACCACCAGGAUGCAGGUUCACGCGAACUGCAGGAUCAGACGAAUUUAUUUCGCCGACAGGCUUUACUCGGAAGAUGAAUUGCCGGAGGACUUCAGGCUCUUCUUCCCGGUGCAUCGGAAGAAGUGCGUCAGGGAGGAAGUGCCGAAGAUACCAAGCGUGGAGCUUGAGAAGCCGCCGUCCAUCGAAAGAACACCGAGCAUCGAGACGGAAAUAACGGAAGAGAAACCGAUCAAAGAGCCGGAGAUUCCGAAGGACGAAGCGGAACCUGAAGAACCGUUCGAAGAACCUGAAGAGGCGAAAGAGGUAGUUGAAUGGGAAGAUGAGGAGGAAGAGAGGUUCGAAGAGGAAGAAGAGGUGGAAGCCGUAGAAGAGGUCGCGGUCCUCGAUGAAGGGGCUGAAGCCGUAGAAGAAGUCGCAGUCCUCGACGAAGAGGCUGAAGCCGUGGAAGAGGUCGCAGUCCCCGACGAAGAGGCUAAAGCUGAGGAAGAGGCCGCGGUUCUCGGUGAAGAGGCGGAAGCUGAAGAAGAGGCAGCGGUUCUUGGCGAAGAGGCGGAAGCUGAAGAAGAAAUUCCGGUCCUUGACGAAGAGGAAAAGGCUGAAUUUGCGGAUGAAGACGAGGGUGAAGGAGAGCGUGCAGAAGAUGAAAACGAGAGAGAGAACGCAAUAAACGAGGCGGAGUAAAUGGAACGUAAUUUUCGAUCGGGAUGAUCGGCAUUAUCGACGGUACGAUCAGAUUUUAAACAAUAGGGACAGAUUGUUCUGCGCAAAAAAGAUAAGUCGAAAGUGCGAAUAAUGAUUGACACUAAGUCUAUCGUCCCGAGAAAAUUCAGCACGUGAAAAAAUUAUCCAUCAAUGUUUCCGUGUUGUUUUUUCAUGACGGAUCAUCUUCAAGUUUGCAGCGCUGAUAAUAAAUCCUGUAU